CAAGGACAAACAAGCUCCUCCUGGCAGCAUUGUAAACCAGCUUUUCUCACAGUUUGGCAGUAACCUGGCGUGUAUCCUGAUUCCAGAAAAGGCAGAAAGAAGGUCCUUCCUGAGUGCAGCUCAGACAGUGGCCACCUGUGUGGAGUCAACAGCCCCGUGUCCUGGGAUUCGCCAGCGUCUGGGCCCCUGCAGAAUGUCCAGCCAGGACCUGAGUAUCACUGCAAAACUCAUCAAUGGAGGUGUGGCAGGGCUUGUGGGGGUGACCUGUGUGUUCCCCAUUGACUUGGCCAAGACCCGACUGCAGAACCAGCAUGGAAAAGAUGUGUACAGAGGAGUGAUCGAUUGCCUGUUGAAGACAGUGCGUGCCGAGGGCUUCUUGGGCAUGUACCGAGGAGCUGCAGUGAACCUCACCUUGGUCACUCCAGAGAAAGCCAUUAAGCUGGCAGCCAAUGACUUCUUCCGGCAGCUGCUAAUGGAAGAUGGGAUGCAGCAGGACCUGAAGAUAGAGAUGCUGGCCGGAUGUGGGGCUGGAAUAUGCCAGGUGGUGGUUACCUGUCCCAUGGAAAUGCUCAAGAUUCAGCUGCAGGACGCUGGCCGCUGGGGGGCCUGUCACCAGGGCUCAGCCUCGCCACCACCCUCCUCCCGUUACUACAGCACUGGCUCGGCUUCCACCCACAAGCGCCUGUCUGCCGCCCUCAUUGCCUGGGAGCUGCUUCACACUCGGGGCCUAGCUGGUCUCUACAAGGGCCUGGGCGCCACUCUCCUCAGAGACAUUCCCUUCUCUGUCAUCUACUUCCCCCUGUUUGCCAACCUGAACAACCGCGGGCUCAGUGAGAACACAGGGAAGGCCUCCUUUGCCCACUCCUUCCUGGCGGGAUGUGCUGCGGGCUCUGUGGCUGCUGCUGCAGUCACCCCUCUGGAUGUUCUGAAAACUCGGAUCCAAACCCUUAAGAAAGGCCUGGGUGAGGAUACCUACAGUGGGGUCACCGACUGUGCCAGGAAACUCUGGACUCAGGAGGGACCCUCUGCCUUCAUGAAGGGAGCAGGCUGCCGGGCCCUUGUCAUAGCACCCCUCUUUGGGAUUGCCCAGGGGGUCUAUUUCCUUGGUAUUGGAGAGCGUGUCUUGAAGUAUUUUGAGUAGAUCUAGUUAGUGCACAAGUCCCUUCCUUAGUCCAGUUUAUGCAAACUGGAAGUUGGUGCUGAAGAUUAAGGAACUGCCCGUGUCACACCCUGCCCUCUAACUUGUAGUGCUACCUCAAGUCUUGGAAGCAGCAACUGACUUUAAUAAGCUGAGCAUAGCCCUAUUCUUCAGGAUACAGCUCUGAAGGACGCUCAGGAGCCCUAACCACGAUUUCUAACAAGAGCAGCACUUGUUUUGGUUGUAUUGAUUGCAGGACUUCCAUAGAUAGUGAAGAUGGAAGGGCUGUUGUUACAUUUAACCUAUCUAUUUUCCACUGAAAUUCAGUCAGUAUACUUGAGUCAGUGUGAGGGUUUAGUGUUAAUCUUAACUUAGUUCAUCCUAGCACUCAUGUUGAGGAAGAGGAGGAUCAGAAGUCCAAGGGGGUCAAAAGCAGCACUUAGGCUGAAUUGGGUGCCUGCUCGUGCAUCAGGGAUGACUAAGUGGACACAAAUGAGCAGCCCAGUCAAGUCUUCCUCCUGGAGCAUGGGUUCUCACACCCUUCCCUAUGGAUGCCUGUGGGACGCUGUGUGAAAUAAAGCUAAAUCUGAAAUAAAGCCUUGUCUUGUAAUAGGGAUGUAGCAGACAGCUGCAAGGAACAGUGUCUGCGUUUGCUGUGUCCACUUCAGAACUGAGCUCCGGCUCUGGAGCACUGCAGUUCACCACUACCUUCUAACUGCUACUCACUAGGAUACUUGGUUCAUUUUUACACCGGGCUUUGAGUCUCACUUCUCUCUAGCCAACACUUCCUAACUGCCUUGAAGAAGUCAGUCUGCUGUGACAGUGUCCUUCCCAAGAGCUGCUUCAGAGAAGAGAAAUAAUGUCAAAUCCUAAGGAAAAAAGCCUGUUCCAAGAGCUGGCACCUACAUCAGUCCCUGCCUAGUGUAAAAUCUGGAUCUUCAAGAGAGAGGACGGUGCUCAGUCACAGCUGUGGUGCCUCUCCGAAAGGCCUACCCUUGUAGACAAGUCCUGCUCCAGAGCAGCUGUAAGACCUUGAGCAGCUCUCAGCAGUCACUCAGGGCAGUGGGGGGAAAAGAAGGGCAGUGAAAGGAUUUAGCCUAGCACAAAGGAAGCCCCCCAAAGGUAAAAGUUACCUUUUAACCCUGCCCAAACCAAUAAAACAAUUCCUUCAAUAAAGGGGCACAACCCACAGGCUG